UUUAUAUGUAAAAACUAGCCAUCUUGGCAUUAGUUCUUGCUAUCACAGCUGCUAAGUUUGUUGAUACUCACACUACAUUGGCUUAAAUUAAUGCUGAUCCAUUUGGACAUGUCAUAUUGUCAGCUAUAAAGGCUCACCUUCUUGCUUAGACUCCAGCUAAUGAAGUGAACAUGUUAUUAAAUGGUGUUGGUGCUGGUAUUGUAUAAGACUAAAAUGAUCAUGAUCAUGCAUUUGAACUUGAUACAACGACUAACAAUAGAGUAAUUAUUUGUGUAAUUUUCAGAUAGUUGAAGACUUAGAUAAAGAGAUUUUGUAUCAUUAAAAUCAAAUUUCUUCUAAUACUUAAUUGAGAGAUGAUACCAUUGAAGCAUUGGCAGUCUCAGAAGAAGAUAUUAGAGUUACUAUCUCAGAUAUUGCUAACAAUGAAGCUACAUAUGCUAGAGAGGAAGCCACAAGAAAUUAGUAACAUGAAACUUUUGUUGCUAAAGUAGCUGCCAUUGAUGAUGUUAUUGAUGCUAUUGAUGAAGCUGCCAAAUUAAUCUAACAUUUAAGCCUUGGAGCAUCAUUUGCCUAAUUGAAGAGCAAAUAUGAUUCACUUCACAAGAAGCUUUCAGAUAACACUAGUCAUAGUGCUUUAUUACAAGUAAUUAAAAAAUUGAAAAUUUUAAUAGCCUGUAAUUACAGCUCUUACAGAACUUGCAACACACGGUGUUAAUCAAAAAGCAUUAACUAAGAUUGCUCAACUUUUGAGUGAGAUUAGAUAAUAAUUAGUCAGCGAGAAAGCUGCCAAAACUGUAUAAUAUAAAUAUAAAUUUUAUAGGAUGUUGAAGAAAGAUAAGCUGCUCAUUGGGCUGAGUUCUCUGUCCAUUUAUCAAAUGAACAUACAAGAUUGGUUGAAAGAAAAGCUUAAUUGGAAGUCUAAAUCUAAGAAUAAAAAGAUACUAUUGAAGAUGCUUAAUCAUGGAUUGAAUUCCAUACUUUAGAAUUAGAAAACAGCGAAGAAAGACUUGCUGGAUAAUAAGCAUGGUAUGCUGUUUAAUCAGAAAUCUAUGAAACUUAAACUGCUGAAAGGUAUGUUAUUUUUUUCUUAUCUUUAGAUAAGCAUAAUAAGAAAUAGUUGACAGACUCUAAGAACAUAUUAGUGAAAAAUUGUCAACAACAGCGCAAUUCAUUGCCAGCAGAAACUGAUUUCAUUUAGCAUAAUCAACAAUUAUCAUUAACAUCCU